AAGCUUUGCCCUGCCAAGCUAGACACAGGGGCAGCUCAGCAGAGCUGUCUGUCCCGGGCUGCAGCUGGGCUUGUUGGUGCAACGCCUCGGCCCUUCUGCCUCACUGGGGAGGGAGCCAUGGCAUGAACUCCUUGUGUGCUGCUGCUGUGCUGGUCCUGCCUGUUGCCUCCCCGCAUGCCUCCCGCUAGAGAAGGAGGGGGUCUCGCUUCUUGUGCUGUGCGAUGGCGUUCCCUGCUCCUUCUCACAAACCCAGCCGUGCUUGCUGUAACACUGGCUUGCUUCUGCCAUGUGACUUCCUCACCCUUCACUCCACUCCUAAGCUCUUUGUUUCCUGUCUGUCAUGUUAGGUUAUUAUAAUAUAUUUUUUUUUGUAAAUUUCUGUUUGAACAUUUUGUCAUUGUGGAAAAAGAAAAAGAAACCUUUUAAAACAUAUCCAUUUUAUUAAAUGAUUAUUGUUAUUAUUAUUAUUAAUAAUGUUUACUACCUGAAUUGAUCAGUGAAAUAAAUACAUUCAGAAAACCAACCUAUUUCUGUUUGAUUUUCAGUCUUCUUCAGCAGCUUCGAUGAUAGAUUAUGAACAGGAGAGGACAAAAGGACUGUUGGUCCUUUUAUCCAAUUCCAUCGGAGCAGGCUCCAGGCAGGCACGUGAUUUCUGGACUGUGCUUAUGUCAGAGGUAGACAAGCUGAUCCUGAAGUUCUCCUAUCUUUAAGCUUCCCCUAAGAAGCAGUCUAAAUCAGCAGUCUGUAGCUGGGUGGGAUCCAAUCCCAGGACAUCCACUUUGUAAGUAACCGAAGAAGUGCUGCUGUGUCCGUGCUGCGUGCAUAGCCAGCUAGGCCAGGCUCCAGAUUAGCUCCACGCCACACCUGGCCUGAACACCUGCUUGUGAGUAAAAGCAGCGCCCAAAUGCAUGGGAUGUGGAUGCAGCUGAGCAAAAUUUCUCUGUUGUAGUUGAGCUUCUACCAAGCGGAAAGCAGGAAAGAAAAACUGGGUUCAUUUGUUAGCCCUGGAUCCUUUCUUACUCUGCCUGCCUGCCGCAGUGAAACAACUGGAGUGAUCUGCUCCAACCUACUAGAAAUUUAAAGGGUAAUUAUUUUGUUUAGAGCAUCACAAAUAUAUUAUCCCUUGGUUAGGGCCAAAUUCUACUUUUGCUUGCAGCCUAAAUUGUCCUAAUAUCAGUGUUCAUUGUUCAUUCUGAAUGUUUCACAUUCUGAAACAGAGCAGAAACAAAAAAGUAAUUCUGGUGGCCUUAGCCUCUAGCAUAGCCGAUGCCUAGAGUCUGGCCCAUGGCAGAAAAAUGUCUGUGAAGGUGUAAGAACCUUGAGAAGAUAGGAUUCUGCCGACACGUCCUGAGUGUAUUUUUGACCCUUGUACAUAAGUUGAACGAAUAAUUGUUCAAGUAUUUAUGUAAUGCAACUUCUGAAUGAAGGAUGUGGUCGGUUUUUCUCAGUAAAUGCAAGCUUCACUUGGUGAGAGCUGACAGCUCACUUUGCUAUCAAAAGAGCAGGCCCUUGGAGCACUAUCUUCCCCAGUCUGUCAUCCUUCCUGUGGAGCCAACCAGCUUUAUUUUGGUGUAGACAGUGAAAUGACAAGAGCUGUACAUUACCUCUGACAAUCAAGAGAGGGUGCAAGUCUUUCUCCUUGGCUCAACUACCAACACCAGCAGGAUCACUGGAAAACAGUUUCUUUCAGCAGAUGUCCUACUGCUAAAUAGGAGUAGAUUUGUAUCGCUGCUUGAAGAGAAACGUCAGGGACAACACACUGAUAAGUGCUAGGGCUCUCCACUCUGCAAAUAUAGUCAUGAUAAAAUGGGAAACCAAAGACCACAGAGCUCAGGAACUGCAGUACAAUCUGGUAACAUCACCUUCCAGGUUUAAGUGUGUUUUGAAUUACUACUUUGCAGUUGAGACUUUGUGUUGUUUCUGUUGGAAUGGUGUCCUCUUUUACCUCCUUGUCCGGCCUGCUUGGUUCUAUUAGCAUGUUCCAAAGGGCCAGGGGAUAAAGCAGGGCACUUGGAUGCACGGGAUUCCUCAAAGGGUGCGUAUGAGUGCAUUAGCUGACUGUUAACCGGGCACAUGCUAACAGCUGUGCUCUUUUUCUUUUGUAUUACCAAGAGCCAAAGGCUCAAAACAGAAAACGUGGAGGAAGCCCUUCUUAUCCACUUACAGUGGUGCAAGGCAGACUUCACCCUGCAGAUGUUUUUUCUGUAGAAUAAGGAAACAUUCAGGCAGUAUAGUUUGCUGCCAUCAACAUCAGCAGGCUUGAAUUCAUUGCACUGUUUGGCUACUUGUUACCCAGAGAAUAUGUGCACAGAAUUGGAGUUAUCGGUACUGUCAGCAUCUCUGUCAGCAAAAGCAUUUUUUGCGAGCUGGGCCAGCUCCCUUUCUUGGAAGACUUGCUUAAUGAAGACUCUGCUUCUGGUGACAUGCAACAAGCUUGGAGGAAGGCCUCAUGUGGGAGGUGUCCCUGGGAUGAGCCUGACCCUUAUCUUGUGAGCCAGCUGCAAGGGGAUUAUCCGGGAACUCAGCUAUGCAGCUGCAAGAACUCCUGCACUGGCUGGAGCGCCUUAAGACCUUUCUGUUGUAUUUAUUGUAAAGCCAGAAAGCAAGUAAGGAUUGAUCUACCUCGUAGCCCUAGAGUUUGUGGUGUCUCCUUGCCUGACCUCCACCUCAGCCCACUCUCAAUGGGGGAGUGUUUGCAGGGGAAGAUGAAUAGUGGGAUUCUCUUCUUGUCCCUCCUUGGCUUCCUCCCAUUCGUGACACCUACGUGCCCUCCACCAUGCAAGUGUGCCACCAACGUUAUUGACUGUAUGUCAAAGGGCCUAACUGUAACAAAACUACCAGUGGCUUUCCGGCCAUCGGCUGAAGUUAUCAACCUUAGUUACAACAGGCUCACCUCUAUUCCCAGCGGGCUCUUUGAUAACCUGAAGAGCCUCCAAACAGUGCACUUGCAGGGCAACCCUUGGGAAUGCAACUGUGACAUCCUCUACUUGCGCUCCUGGCUCCAGUGGCAGCAGAACCGGACCUUUUACCGGGAUGUGAGGUGUGCCUCCCCAGCUCACCUUCAGGACCGGGUCAUCGCUUAUCUGACAGAAGAUGAGAUCAUUUCCACGUGCCAGUACUGGUACUGCACCCUGGCUCUCUUCUCUCAACUCGUUCUCGUCAUCCUCCUUUUCCUCCAGGCUAUCUUGGUCAUCUUCAUCGUUAUCUACCUGAGGAGAUUUCGGAGAAUGACUGCUGAAGCCCGGAGCACCACCCGAGACCUACACCAGCAUGCAGAUACCUGGUCCCCACAGGAGUGAUAAGAGUCGUAAGAGUGAGGGUCCCUCUGCUUUGGGUGCUGCUGUGCUGAAGUCGUGUGGUUUAUGAGACCCAGAGGGGACUAUUUAGUGCAGCAUCCGAUCCUGACUGCAGCCCUCAGCAGGACCUGGAACUAGUCAGACACUUGUUGUGUUUCCAAAGAGCAGAUCUUAUGUCUCUUAGUGCUUUGAACACUUCAGCGUGAUCUUCGUUGCUUUGCUUUUGCUGAACUGCUGAAAGCAGCUCUGUUUUUUUUUUAGCCUAAGGAAACCAUAAAGUACAGCAAGCAGAAUGACUGCCAGCUCACGAGCUCUGGGUGCUGCAGUGCCCUACCCCCCGCCCUGGAAUAUUUCAGCCGUACUUUCCCUGAUGCUUGUGCUUGCUUUGGGUGAGAGCAGCACGGAGCUGAGCAGUGGGUGGGAUAACGGAGAAACACGCAGCCUUGGUGCCGGCACGGAUUGCCUUGCUGACCCUGGGCGGGUGACUUCAGUCUUCUGCCGCUUCAGCCUUCCAUCAGUAGAACAGAAAGGACGUUUCUUCCUGCCCGGUGUAUCUGUUCUAACCUUCUCCUAGGGCAGUGCUUUUAGCCUCCUGCUGGUUUUAAUACUGACUUCAGCGUGCUCCGUGUUCCUAAGGCGCUCCCGGCUCUGCUGGCGCUGGCACGGAGCGCUGCCCGUGCACCUGCCCACCGCUGGUCACCGUGUCUCCAAACUGUUUUUGUAGCGAAGCAAAACAGGAAUAAAACAAUGGUGAAUGACGAUGUAA